UAGCCCUGAAAACAACCAACAACUUUUCGGCUGGAUCCCUGGAAGGAGCAGCUUGAUUUUAUUUUCCUGUAGAGAAAAAAAAGAUUUGGAAUACAGGGGGUAUUAUUUUGACCUCCGGAGAGCGACGCUGACAUCAAGAUACCUAUUAUGGACAAAUCUAUUUAUACUUUUCUUUUUGGUUAAUAUCGGUACUGUGAUGUGAAUACAAUACAAUUCCAGGAAUCUACCACUUCCUGGAAUAGCUUAAAAGGGGCAAACAAAAUAUUACUUAGUAGUGUUUUUUCCUCCUACAGCUGUAUUACUCUAACAGCCAGCGUCGAGGGUAGCUGCUGCUGUUCUUCGCUUAACUUCUUUCAGACAGAGACUGUUUAUUGAGAUAUAUUUAUAAUUAUACAUUCCUUUUUUUAUUGGCGGUCUUAAACGCCACUAGAGAGGAGGAUUCUCAUCCUUUCUUAAGUACUCAUUUUCUUUUACUCUGGUAAUUUUAAAAUCAUUUUUAUUACUUUUUUGGCCACAGCAAGAAUAUAUUGGAAAGGGCUACGGUCAGGCAGCUUGUUCUACGCAGAGCUCGCUGAACGAUCCGUACAGGUUUUCUGGAUACCCCAAUUUACUUCGUUUGCUGCGGUUGACCUCCAAGGUGCUUUCGAGAAGCUGUGGUGGAAUAAAGCCAGCCUCUUCUCUCCUCAUUACUUACCUACCGACUUGUGGUAUUCCUGCUGGGAACGAAGAAAAUAACCGGCAGCGGGAGAGCUAUUUCCUAGUUCUCUUGAAGACCUAAUGCUUUUUCCUUCGUCCUGGAGUGACAUGAUCCUCUGUGUCCACGGACCCCAUCCUUUGCUGGCAGAGGAGAAAAUCAGGAGACUAUCGCUUGGGGCUCUUGCAGUGAAUUUGUCAGAGCAAGUCAUGCAGCCUCUAUCAGUCACACCCUUCCAAGAAGGGCCUACUCCUGUCUUGGUGGAACCCACACUAGAGAGUAACCCGCCUCAGCCACGAGAUCCAGAAGAGGACCUGCUGUGUAUUGCAAAGACUUUUUCAUAUUUGCGAGAAUCUGGCUGGUAUUGGGGCUGCAUCACAGCCAGUGAAGCCAAACAGCAGCUCCAGAAGAUGCCUGAAGGAACCUUCCUGGUACGGGACAGCACUCACCCAAGCUACUUGUUCACAUUGUCAGUCAAAACCAACCGGGGGCCCACCAAUGUGCGCAUCGAAUAUGCUGACAGCAAGUUCCGGUUAGAUUCCAACUGCCUCUCCAAACCUCGAAUUUUGGCCUUCCCAGAUGUGGUCAGCCUAAUCCAGCAUUAUGUUCUUUCAUGCACAGUGGACAAGAGCGAUGCUCCUUACCCCCCUCCCGUGCCCUUGCCACCCAUACAAAAGGAGAUUGCAGCAUCAGCAGUGCACUUGAAACUGAUCCGGCCACACAGCCGCAAGAAUAGUGCUCCAAGCCUGCAGCACCUCUGCCGGCUGCAGAUCAACAGAUCCACUGCAGAGGCAGACUGCUUGCCUCUACCAAAGAGAAUGAAGGACUAUUUGAAGCAGUACCCUUUCCAGCUUUGAGGUAUUGCCUCAGAAAGACAGUAGAAGCAAAGUAAAAUCCAGAUGGGACAGUAAUGUGUCUUUGUUCCACAGAAGCAGUAUGGUAUUAAGUGGGCACAGUAAAUAAAUGUCCAUCAGAAGAGAUGGUGUGUAUUAUCUCUUCCCCUUCUCCCCCCCCCGCCCCCACCUAUCCUAAUUCCAUUCCUGUGUUAUGGAGGGGGCUGCUAGUACCAAUGACAUGUACACGGUACACAAUUCCAGUGCCCGAACUUCUGGGCUUCUCUCUUUUUUCUGACUGUGGCUUUGAGAAACACUCUUGGCAUGUGCACACUACUUGAAUUUCAGAGAUGCCAUGACACCAGGAAUGUUAAAGCAUUGUUACUGUCAUUAUUUAUUUCCACGGUAGUUUUAUUAUCUUCUAGAUUGUUUUUGCUUAUCUUUCUUUUGAAAAAUGUAUUAGAGAUGGGCCCAAACUGGAUCUACACAAUUUUGCCCAUUGCCCAAUAUUCUUAGGGGCUGGGUGGGUGGGUGGGUGAAUUUGAAUUCAGUCUCCAUUUAAUUUGCUAAUCAUAGCCUUCUCCCCAGGAUGCCAUGGUUUAUUCCUGCCAAGAUACCAUUGUAAGUGUGUGCAAGUUUGGGCAUAUGGUUGCCAAUGCUGGGUUGGAAAAUUCCUGGAGAUCCAGGGGUGGAACCUGGGCAGGGAAUUCAGCAGGGAUGUGAUGUCAUAAAGUCCACAUCUGAAGCUGCCAUUUCUUCCAGGGGAACUGAUCUCUGCAGUCUGGAAAUAAGUUGUAAUUCCUGGAAAUCUCCAAGUCCCACCUGGAGGUUGAGAACCCUAUUUGGGCACCCACUGAAAAAAAUCAGGCUCCAAAAGAGGUCCCACCAAUGUGGUACACAAAAUAUUUAUUUUCCUGUCAAAUGAACUUGUUAGCUUUGCGUCAGUGAAGGGAAGUGUGUCCCAGUGCCCUUCUACUCUUCCCUUCUUUGAAGAGGACACUCCUAUUCUGAAUCAACAGAUUAGAUCUUCAUGACUUUUUUUUUCAAAUGGUGGAGUAGAGUCCCCUGAAUGCCCUCACGUGAGGCUUGGAAUUGGCAUUUGCCUUGAAGGGAUGACGAUACCUCAGCCCAGCCUCAGUAUAAAACUAACUCUGCUAAAAUGCACCAACAGCAAAAUUUUAAAAUAUGUAAGUAUUUAUUUAUUUAUUCAUUUGGUGAAGGAUCCCAGCAAAACGCAGGCCAUCUUUCUUGCAUCAUGAUUAUAAGCUUAAUCCACCUAUUGACAGUUUGAAGGUAAUUAUAUCACCAGUCUGUUACCAUCAUGCUGCUUCAGAAAAGAAAAACCAGAAUCCUGCUGUGUUAUUCACCAUGUUAUUUUUCUAAUAGAGUAUUGCUUUUUUGCAUAGUAUACUGGAAUUAAAAAUUUUAAAACUCCCUUAAUUUCUUUUAUGACCUUGCUAAAGUUUGCGGACAGUUAUUCACUUUGAUUCUAACCCUUGCAUUUGAAAACAAGAGUGGAAAAAAGAACUGUUUCCCCCUAGGUUUUAGCUUUACUGUACACCACAUCCAGUCAUCCCUAAUGUCCCUUGUCUUUGCUAGGGAGUAGAUCAAAUCUCCAGGGCUGACUAUGAAAGAAUAAGGAUUAUCCCUUGGCAUUAAUAUUGCCUUCCACUGCUUCCUCAUCUUCAUGAGACUUGAGAGUAGAGAAUCUACAUAGUUGAAGGUGAUGGCUGCUUUCCACCAUAUAUCUAACAAUGCAACCAUAAGCAGAGUUACACCCUAACUCAAUGGACUUACUCUGCAUAGGAUGACACUAUGAAUCCUCAGGACACUUAUGGAUAUAUAUGAUUUCACAGGCCCCUAGGGUUGUAUUUGAGAGAGAUACCUCUGCUGUGUGAGAGGGUGACUUAUAGAAAGGGUAAAAUCUUAGGGUAACCCAAAGGAAACAUAUGGGGCUUUCUGAUUUUGCUCUGAUCAGCCAUCCGGCAUGGCCUGGUGUGUUUAGUUAGUGUCCAUUUCUUUUCAUGUUUUUAUAGGAUUUGUUGUAUUUCUGGUUUUAUUUUGAAUACUUUGAUAAUUGACAGAAUGUGUGCCUGUGUGAUGUCUGGUUUGUUGAUCAUUGAGCUCUCCCCCUUCCUUGUACACUGCAGCAGGGGCCAGAGCAAGGCAGAUGAAUGAAAAAAAAUACAGAUGAUAAAAUACAAUAAAUGAUAUUUUUAAA